CGGCGGGGACGCACUUCCCUGGAAAUGGCGGAGGAGAGCAGGCGCGGAGAGGACGAGGACCGGGGACCCGGAGCUGCUCACCGGCCCUUCCAGGCCAUGGAGAACCUGCUGGAGAAGAUGAAGCUCCUGAACUACGAGGAGGAAGUUCUGGUGCAGCACAACAUGAAGAACCUGUCCAGCCACUACUUUGUUUCUAGCCCGUGCCUGGACUCCAACCCGGGCGAGCAGUUCUACAUGUUCACCAUCAUCGCCGCGUGGCUCCUGAACCGGGCGGGGAGGCCGUUCCCCGAGCCGCAGGAGUCCGACGAGCCCAACGCCACCGUCUCCAACAUCCUGGCGGAGGCCCGAGCUCUGGGUGUGAAGGUGGACUUCCCGCCCUCCAAGCUGAAGUCGGGUUCAGGCGAGCAGGUGUGCGCGGUGCUGGAGCGGCUGGCCGAGGAGGCGCUGCGGAGGACGAGCUUCACCUUCAGCAGACCAAACUACCCGUCAGAAAACGCGGAGGAGGAGUGUGUGAUGGAGGACGACGCAGAGCUCACGCUCAGCAAAGUGGAGGAGGAGAUGAUCGAGGAAGCCGACGAUGAGGAGGAGACGGUGAUGGACCUGGAGGCUCUGAAGUUACGAACCACUCACACGGAAGAGAAACCGUCCUCCAAACCGGACGACAUCCUGGAGUCCAAGGUGGACGCAGCGGAGUGGAUGCUGGAGGUGGAGCGAGUCCUGCCGCAGCUCAAGGUCACCAUCAGAACCGACAACAAGGACUGGAGGAUCCACGUGGACCAGAUGCAUCAACACCAGGAUGGAAUCAAGUCUUCACUCAAAGAAGCCACGAGCUACCUGGACAAGCUGCACGAGGACAUCGGGAAGACCCUGGAGAAGGUGAGCAGCAGGGAGAAAUGCAUCAACAACCAGCUGGAGCCUCUGGUGCAGGAGUACCGCAGCGCCCAGGCCAAACUCAGCGAGGCCAAGGAGCGCUACCAGCAGGCCAGCGGCGGGGUGACGGAGAGAACCCGGAUCCUAGCCGAGGUCAGUGAGGAGCUGGAGAAGGUGAAGCAGGAGAUGGAGGAGAAGGGCAGCAGCAUGUCUGACGGAGCUCCGGUGGUGAAGAUCAAGCAGAGUCUGACGAAGCUGAAGCAGGAGAUGGUGCAGAUGGAGGUGAGGACCGGCGUGGUGGAGCACACGCUGCUGCAGGCCAAGCUCAAGGAGAAGAACAACAUGACCCGGGACAUGCACGCCGCCGCCGGGCCCGAGCCCUCCGCCGGGGCCUACGCUUAGCUCCAGUGACGGGCCGGGUCAGUUCUUAUGGGGCUAGAACAGUCUCAUAAUUCACAA